GGCUAUGGACAUUCAGCUGACAAACAAACCUUGUCAAGUACAUCCGUAGAUGCAGCAUUAAUCAAGAGAUUUAAUCACCACAAUACCAGGGUACUAAGUGUCACAGAAUCUGAAACAUCCAUGUUGGCAAAACAAGCAGACAAUGGUACGACAAAAGCAAAUACUGUCAACCCAAACCAUUCCAAGAACAAUUCCAGUACAGAACCGACAGCUGUUAAACGUAUACGUCUGAAAGCUGCCACCACAUAUGAGGAUCUGUCAACCCCCGAGUCUGUCCGACCAGUAUCGUUGAGACUGGAGAGGACAGAGCGUUAUUAUCAUGGUCCUAUGCCAGUUAUUGGGUCAAGUUAUGAAACCACUGAUGAUGUUUUACAAGCAACGGCUGCUAUACAAGCUGAAAUGACCUCUACCCCAAGGGUCAAUCUUGUUGGUGUAAGUACGUAGAAGGUGUAUACAGUGGUGUAUU